CACACACACACACUUCUUCUCUCUUCUUAUAGAUUCUCUGCUCUCACUUCCACAUCAGAAUUUCAAAAAAUAUGGAUGGAUCAACGGCUGUGAUCAUCCUUACCCUCAUCGUAACCUACCUUAUAUGGUUCGUUUCUUUACGUCGUUCAUAUAAAGGUCCACGUGUCUGGCCCUUACUGGGCAGUCUUCCGGCACUCAUCACAAAUGCUCACCGUAUGCACGACUUCAUCGCCGACAACCUCCGCAUGUGCGGCGGUACGUACCAAACUUGCAUAUUCCCGAUCCCGUUCUUGGCUAAGAAACAAGGUCACGUGACUGUCACGUGUGACCCGAAGAAUCUGGAGCAUAUAUUGAAGACCCGGUUCGAUAAUUACCCGAAGGGUCCUAGCUGGCAAUCAGUCUUCCAUGAUCUGUUAGGAGAUGGGAUCUUUAAUUCAGAUGGUGACACGUGGCGGUUUCAGCGUAAGACCGCUGCAUUGGAAUUCACUACACGUACGCUUCGCCAAGCCAUGGCUCGUUGGGUUGAUCGAGCCAUCAAGAACCGUCUUGUGCCAAUUCUUGAAUCCGCUAUGAGUCGAGCUGAGCCGAUCGAUCUUCAAGAUGUUCUUUUACGGCUCACUUUCGAUAACAUUUGCGGCUUAACCUUCGGCAAAGAUCCACGAACACUCUCACCAGACUUUCCCGAGAAUGGAUUUGCGGUGGCUUUUGAUGGAGCCACCGAAGCCACACUUCAACGGUUUAUUAUGCCGGAGUUUAUUUGGAAGAUCAGAAAAUGGCUACGGCUCGGCUUGGAGAAUGAUAUGAGCCGAAGCAUCAGCCACGUGGAUAAUUACUUAUCAGAGAUCAUUAAUACACGUAAGCUCGAAUUAGUGAGUCAACAACAAGAUGGAUCCCGCCAUGAUGAUCUAUUGUCACGGUUCAUGAAGAAAAAAGAGACCUACUCGGAUAAAUAUCUUAAAUACGUGGCGUUAAACUUUAUCCUAGCUGGACGUGACACGUCAUCGGUAGCUAUGAGUUGGUUCUUCUGGUUGGUCAGUCUUAACCCUCGAGUCGAAGAAAAAAUCAUAAACGAGAUCUGCACCGUUCUGAUCAAGACACGUGGCACCAAUGUGACGAAGUGGACCGAUGAGCCGUUGACUUUCGAUGAAAUUGACCAGUUGGUAUACUUGAAAGCGGCAUUGUCCGAAACAUUGAGGCUAUAUCCAUCGGUACCGGAAGAUUCAAAAUAUGUUGUUGCCAACGAUGUUUUGCCGGACGGAACAUUUGUUCCAUCCGGAUCAAACGUUACAUAUUCGAUAUAUUCGGUUGGGCGAAUGAAAUUCAUUUGGGGUGAAGAUUGUCUCGAGUUUAAACCGGAAAGAUGGUUAGAGGAAAACCGGGACGAGAUAUGUAACCAAUACAAAUUCGUAGCAUUCAAUGCCGGUCCACGGAUUUGUCUAGGCAAAGACUUAGCUUACUUGCAGAUGAAAUCAAUUACCGCUUCGAUUUUGCUCCGGCAUCGGCUGACGGUGGCUCCGGGACAUCGAGUGGAGCAGAAGAUGUCGUUGACGUUGUUCAUGAAGUUUGGUCUUAAAAUGGAUGUGCAUAGAAGGGAUUUGUCGUUGCCGGUGGAGAAAGUGGUGAAUGAGAUGAGGAAUUACGAGAGUUGUGGCAAAAGUGAGAUUAUUGGGACUAAUGAUGGUAAUUAUGGUGAAGUUAAAUUGGUCGUCGGUUUGGCAUAAGCAAUGUGGACGAUGGUAAUUUAGUAAUUGUGUUGUUGUUUAUUAGUUUAUACUUUAUACUCUAUAUUGCGAAUAAAAUGGUCUUAUAACC